GUAUUUGCUCCUUCGCGGAACGUCCAUCAAAUUGUGAAUGUGCAUCGUGAUUCACUCUUUGUGUUUCGGCACCGUGUUUGUCUCCGGUCGUGUGCCUGAGUCCUUCCGACUGUCGGAGGGAGAAGUUUUUCUGGCAUGCCCAAAACUCCAGAGCUGUGUUAGAUGGGGACUCGUGUAUUGCUUUUUUUCCCUUGCGGAGUCGCCAGACCUUCCGUUGGCCAGGCUCCAGUGUGCGGUGUCUCGACAGACUCCAAGCAUCAGCCAAGCGACUGAGAGAGGGAGAGGGCUGGAGGCUUCCUGUGAGAUGCUAACUCUCUCAAGGAGACACUGAGGUGCGAGACGGCGAGAGCGAGUCUGCGAAAGAAAUCCCCCACACAGCGAGGGCACUUUAGGCUGGAACUACUCCGUUCACAGAGGUCAAAGAGUUUUUUUUUUCGCGUCUCGUAGUUACAAACCGUGAAGAGAGAUGCUCUUCAGCACGACCUGGUUGUUUGAAUUCGCGAAGGUUGUUCGACCCUGCAUGUCUCGAAGUGUAUUCUGAAGGUCUUCUGUGGACGAAUCGCUUCGGUCGGGCGUCACGGUCCGAGACAUUGCAGAGGAAACAAAAUUCCAGACCCAAGUGACAGUGUACGCAGGAUGCGGGAACGUCUUUGUACCAGUCUGCAUGGUGGAUCGGAAGUUAUGAGACACAGACAACCAAGUUCUUUAUGAUUGCUGUGCACACCUCCCCCCUGCUCGACGGCAAAACCGUUCAUCCACUUGCUAAGCAAGGGCCAGGCCAGCAAGAAUCCGAUCCGUCGGUUUGCCGUGUGCAGUUCCGGUUCGCGGAUCAUUUGUACAGAGACGAUAUCUACUUGUAAUGUGAAAGCUACGGUACAUGGUCUAGCUGCGAUCUCGAUGUUUUUAAAAAUGCCCGCUUUUUUAUGGAGGACUGAAGAGAAACGGGGAGUGAAAAAUGAAAGAGGCGAGAAAAGUGUGGUGAAAGGCAGCAGAAGAGGCGAACUAAGCAGACGAAGCACUCAGUCAAAGAGGGAAACCGAGACGGCAGCGAAAGGCAAGAGAAAAAAGGAACAGAGGGCGACGAAAUCUAAAGAAACUCCAGACAUCAACCUCCAUACCAAAGAGGGACUUGCGCCUUGUCGUUACCACUCCAGAUCGGAGUUUCGUUCAGGGAAAAGCCGCAACGCAUUCGCCCCAGGCACGACGCUCACGGCUCCCUCCCUGCACUUUGUUUUAAACUGCAUGCAUCGCGACACAACGACCUCCUCGUUCUCGGG